GUCUCGUCCAAUCGAAAAAUUCUUACUCGGUUUAGUAGUGUGUUGGUUGAAUUAAAUUACUUGCUUUAAGUAAAGAACUGUCAAAUAAGUGUAUUUGUAAUAUUAUUUCAGUGACUCGUAGUUAUUAGGAUAUGAAUGUGAUCAUUUUCCUCUUUUACCGUUAAAUGGUGUCUGUAAAAAUGAAAAGUAUUGAAUGGGCCUCGUACUUGACGGCCCAAUGUACGUACCUCAGGCUUUCUCGUCGCCAACCAAAAGAGUUUUUAAUUUAAUUUAAAUUAUCAUAUUUACAUUCGCUGUGAAAUAAAAGUAUUCUCUAGCAUUAGUGUUUAAUUGGAUAAAUGAAUCGUUUCAAAGUUGGUGUCACUGAAUUUGUCCAGCAUCUACCUAACCUAUCAACUGUGGUGAAAUAUAAGUGAAUUUAAUCAAAAGUGCAAACAUUUUUCUACUACAUCCAUUAUUAUUUCGUGGACCAAUAGUCAUUUUAAAAUAUAAAUAAGUACAUGUGAAUCUAAAUUCUUCAGUGCCAAAUUUUUUUAAUCAAACACCAAACCAAUGCAUGGAUAUUGAAAUAUAUAAUUGUAAAGUUAAGUAUUUAUACCAAUGACUAUGAAGAAGUGAUAUUGUUUAUUUUCUGUUUCUGAUAUUCUUCAUCGCACCUAUUGAGUAUUUACAAUUUAGUGAAGAUGUCGGGUACAUUUGUGGAUCGAAUAGACCCAUUUGCAAAGAGAUCACUUAAGAAAAAAAGUAAAAAGUCUCAGGGAUCAUCCCGAUAUAGAAAUUCACAGGAUGUCGAAUUACAACAACUGCCACAACUUAAAGUGGAGGUAUCCAGUGGUGAGCAAGAAGAAUUGUUCAUUCGUAAGCUGCGCCAGUGCUGCGUGGCGUUUGAUUUCAUGGACCCCGUGGCUGAUCUGAAAGGCAAAGAAAUAAAGCGCGCUUCUCUCAACGAUCUAGUGGACUAUAUGACACACGGCAGGGGUGUACUGACGGAGCCUGUUUAUCCAGAAAUUAUUAAAAUGAUUUCUGCGAAUUUAUUCCGAACGCUGCCACCGAGUGAGAAUCCAGAUUUUGACCCCGAAGAGGAUGACCCAACGCUGGAAGCAUCCUGGCCACAUUUACAGCUAGUGUACGAACUGUUUUUGAGAUUCUUGGAAAACACUGAUUUUCAACCGACAAUCGGCAAAAAAGUCAUCGAUCAGAAGUUUGUUCUCCAGCUACUAGAGUUGUUUGACUCGGAAGAUCCAAGAGAACGCGAUUUCCUGAAGACAGUUUUGCAUCGCAUAUAUGGAAAAUUUUUGGGCCUACGUGCCUUCAUUCGCAAACAAAUAAACAACAUAUUUUUGCGUUUUGUUUACGAAACCGAACAUUUCAAUGGAGUUGGUGAACUAUUAGAAAUACUUGGCAGCAUAAUAAAUGGUUUCGCUUUGCCAUUGAAGUCUGAACACAAGCAAUUCUUGGUAAAAGUUCUUCUGCCUUUACAUAAAGUGAAAUGCUUAUCGUUGUAUCAUGCACAACUAGCUUAUUGUGUGGUUCAGUUUUUGGAAAAAGAUGCUGCCUUGACAGAACCUGUUGUCAGGGGUCUUCUGAAAUUUUGGCCAAAAACUUGCAGCCAAAAAGAGGUCAUGUUUCUUGGAGAGAUAGAGGAAAUAAUGGAUGUGCUAGAGCCAUCACAAUUCGCUCGGGUACAAGAGCCAUUGUUCAGGCAAAUUGCAAGAUGUGUCAGUAGUCCUCAUUUUCAGGUUGCUGAGAGAGCUUUAUAUUAUUGGAAUAAUGAAUAUGUUAUGUCACUUAUUGAAGAAAACAAUCAUGUAAUUAUGCCCAUAAUGUUUCCGGCUUUGUACCGCAUUUCAAAAGAGCAUUGGAAUCAGACAAUUGUGACUUUAGUUUAUAAUGUCUUAAAAACAUUCAUGGAAAUGAAUAGUAAACUAUUUGAUGAAUUGACUGCAAGUUAUAAAGGAGAACGACAGAAAGAAAAGAAACGCGAGCGCGAACGAGAUGAAUUAUGGAAACGUUUAGCAGAUUUGGAAAUAAGUCACCGAAAGCAGAUAGAGUCCUCAAGCUCAUCAGGACCACAGUUGCAGAAUGCUGUAACGACAGCCGUAACCCACCAUCAAUUGCCACAGAAAACCAAGUGAAACAUCAGUAAUACAUGUGUCAAGAACCAGGAUACAAUCUGAGCAACCUAUAACCUUCCUGCUGCUACUGUGAUCUGUCAUGACAUUUACCACACAUCGACAUGACAUCAAUCGGUGUAUGAAGUUUCAAAGUGAUUAUAGUGCUCGUGCGUGUGUACUUAUCAGUUUAUACAUGCACAAGUUGUAUGUGUGAUGCAGUUAUGUUAAAGUUUUUAUUUGUUUAUAGUGUGACUUGGUUUAUUGGCGAAAUAUGCAAAGACUUUC